CAAACGAUUCCUCAUCACGUACGUUUAUGUUCUAUGCACGAUAAAUUCGUGGAUCUUCUUUUCACGUUUCGCCAACGCGAUUUCAUCUGUUCCGUGUUAAAUUUCGUAGAUUUCUCGCAUUGAGCGCAGAUCAAUCCCGUCGAAAUGCUUAAUCACGUGUUGCGACCGAUUGCUCGCAACUUGACGAGGAACGGCACUCGUUCCGCUAGCUCGCAAGCAUUGGACGUUAAAUUACCGACGAUAAAUGACUUACCUCAACCAUGUGGACCAUGGAAAGAACACUACGACGCAAGGCAGAAGGUUUACAAUUCUCUAUUAAUCGGUGGUCUUGGUGCCCUAAUUGGUACCAUAGCUUUUGUAAAAUUUUCAGGAAUUAUUUACUUUAACUAUGGCCCACCUGAAGAACCAGUUGAAUAAACAUUUAUAUAAAGUAUUAGAUGAAAAUAUAGACAUAUGAAAGCAAUCUGGCCACACAGCUGUUGAUAAUAUUAUGUACUUUAUUGUGCAAGUGUAACAUGCAAUAACUUGUACUCUUCUCAAUAAAUAGUUCAUACUUGUAAA